AUGGGUAUGGAUAAAUUUUUGGAGACACAUGGGAUUCAUUUGGAAAGAGAAGAUGAUGAUUUUGAACCAAGUGCUAAGAAUGAAAGAUCUAUUCAAGAAAAGCAACAAAAUCUUAGAAAGAUAAAUACAAAAUCAAGUUGUCAAGCCAUGACACUUGAUACAUUUUUGGAGACAAAUGAGAUUCAUGUGGAAGGAGAGGAGAAACAUAGUGGAGCAAAUGCUAAUAAAGUUGGAGAUGAUGAUGAUGAUGAUUUCUCGGAUGAUGAAGACUAUGUUAGUGAAUAUGAAGAUGCAGUUCUUCAUGGUGAUGACAAUCACCUUAUGGAAACUAACAAUGUUGAAGGUGUUAUACUCCAAAGACUAGAAGGACACGAGGAAAAACAAGGUGUGCUAAAAUCUAUGCAAGAAUCAAAGUUCAUUCUUCCGAAAGAGGGAAAAGAGUGGGUGAUGACUGGUGUUCGAGAAGUUUGGAAAGGUUACAAAACAAGAAUCAAGGGAAAGCAUUUUGAGAUAUAUAACAACAUUGAAAAUAUGCUGAAAAAUCGCCCUUUAGAUAUUCCAGAAGCUCUAUCUCGUUUAAAUUCUGAAAAUCGUAAAAAGCAACAACAUCAACAUCGAAUGAGACCUAUAAGUUUUGCAAAAGUGCAUAAUAAAAUGCAUGAAAUGAAUGAGAAUAAAGAAGACCCAUCACAAGUUGAUAUGUUUGUUGCAACUCGAACUGGACAAAAAGAAAAAGAGCUUGAUUCAGGAACACAAGCUGUUAUUCUAAGUCAUAAUAAGUUGAAGAUAAACUUAAGAGCCACCAAGAAGCUGGAGACACUCCCGAGAAAGCCUUUACUACAGUAUUUGGCAAAGAACAACGAAGAAGAGUUCGAUAAAGAACGGGAGAUUGCUAAAAUUAAGCAACAACAUGCAGAGACUAUAAAUUCAAUGAAAACUGAACUUCAUGAGAUAAAAGACAGAGUCCAAAGUUUGGAGGAUCUUGUGAAGCUUCUCUUUCAACAGAGUUCUCUUGGCACAAAUAUUGAUGAAGCACUGUCUUUAUUACGAGCCAAGGAAUCAACACAUGAUAUAAAUAGUAAGCAAUGUCUGACUGGCAAUGAUCGUCCUUCCUCAUCAACUCGUGAUCCAAAAUGA